CUCUAAGUUUCAAGGGAGAUAAAAUAAGGAAAACUCUAAAUGCCAUAGGUACGCCAUAGUACGCCCACUGUAAUAUAAGUGAAUGUGAAUAACCUUUUUAUUUAUUUAACUUUUCUUUUAUUGAACAAUAAACAAAGAAAAAAAUAACUAUUACAAAAGAAAUAAAAAUUUACUUGCAAACAUCUGCAACAGCUGGCUCUUGGAGCCUUUUUUAAAAAAUAGCUUUUAGAAUCUAUCGUAUAAUAAGUGCCGUAAAUAAUGUAUUGUAAGUUAUUUAUUAUACAAAUGGCAUUUAGCGCUUUAUACACGCUGUUAGCAAUGACAGUAAUUUUUUAUUCCAAUCGCUAUUUUUUAAAAAAGGCUCCAAAUACCAAUUGUUGCAGAUGUUUGCAAGUAAAUUUUUAUUUUUCUUGUAAUAGUUAUUUUUUCUUUGAGCAGUUUUUUAUUUUAAUCGCGAUUUUUUAAAAAUUGGUACUUAGAGCCUUAUUUACUUUUAGUCUAGAAUUGAUCUUUUUCUUUCCUGAAUGUAAGCAUGGAAAUUUUUUCGUCUCUAAGAUGAUGCUAUCUAAGUCAUUCCGAUGCAGUGUUGCUAGACAGGAUGCUUUUCUUCACGCAUGCGCGGUGUAACAUCUAUGAAUUCAGUGGUGUAUAUGGAUACAUAGUGUUUGAGCGUUAUUGGACACAAAAAAUUCUGCAUUCCGAUAUUCACCAACAGUACUGUAAUUUAUUGUUUACCUUAUCUACCUGUAGUAUUUUAAUACUGUUAGUUAAUAUCGGAACACAAUCCAGAGAGUUUAGGGGGCUACAAGGGAAAAAUUUUUUAAAUAGUUAAAACUAAGAACCUGAGAGUGCCCUUUUUCACCUGAAUUAGUACCUUAUUGAGGCUUAUUGAGGCCGAUUUCCAAACGCAUGCGUGAAGAAAAGCGUCCGUCUAGCAACACUGUUCCGAUAUCUAAAUGCGUCCCUUCGACGGUAUAUAAAGCGUAAAACGCAGCGAUUUUACAGUUACAUUAAUAUUAUUCAAUCGGAAGCAUCGACUGCUGAACAUCAACGAUGUGGCGACUUCUUUUGUUCUUCUCGCAAAUCGUUCUGAUAGUCUCGGCAAAAGCUUUGUUGGACAAAGAGGAACAAGAGGAACAAGAGGAACCAAUCUGUAAGAUUUCAGACGGCUAUAAUGUCUGCCAAAACGAAAGAGUGCUUGUCAAAGUUACGCGAACUUUCAAAGAUCGAUGGUAUUUCAAUGAUCAAUUGAACCUCAACAACAUGGAUCUUCUGGCGAUUCAGGAGGGUGCCUUCAAAAAUGUGACGGUGAUGCACACUUUGAAUCUGAACGUUGGAAACCGAAUAUCUGUACUGACGAGGGGAUCCUUCCGCGGUUUGCCCAACUUGAAGAUUCUUAAUCUGAACAAAAACGUAGUAUUAUUGUCAGAACACAUGUUUGCGGAAUUGUCACAGUUGCAAGCGCUUUCGUUAAGCUUCAACAAGAUCAAUUCGAUACCGAAGAACUCGUUCGCUGGUUUGCCGAACUUAUUAUGGCUAUUUUUGAAUAAGAAUGAUAUCCCGACAAUCGAUAAGGAUUCUUUUUCGAAUUUAAAUCCCGGAUUGUUCUUCCUGUCGCUCAUCAGCAGUAAAAUCUUGUACGUGGCGCCUGGCGCCUUCGCCGGGUUAACCGAACUGAAUACUCUCCAGUUAAACCACAAUCAGUUGCAGAUUUUACCGAACGGCAUCUUUCGAGGAUUAAAUAAGUUGAAAUUUCUCCACCUAGAUUAUAAUCUGAUAACGAGUGUUUCCAGAAUGCUUCUCAGUGAUUUAGUUAAUCUGCAAGAACUCCAUCUGGAGCAUAAUGAAAUCAGAACUCUUGAGCCGGGAACAUUUCGGGAUUUGUCUAAGCUAGAGAACCUACAACUGGGUGGAAACAAACUGUCUCAUAUUAAAGCCGACACUUUUACAGGGCUCUACAAACUGAAAGAUCUCGCACUGUCUGAUAAUAACAUCCACACGGUAGAUAACGGCGCAUUCUCUGAUCUCGUUGAAUUGCAGAGUCUCGAUUUAACCUCUAACAACAUCACUGAAAUCGAUAAGAAAAUAAGCGGAUGUUUAUCUAAGGUUGCACUGUUUUUGUAACGGAAUGUUAAUAUGCUUUUUAUUACUGUUAUUCCUUGUAUCAAAAAAUGUAAAAUUAUCGAGAGAUUAACAAUAAAUCGAGAAUAGAUAUUAAGCUA